AUGGCUUUGGAAGAAGAUGCUCCUGCUGUACCUGCUGCUAAUGCAUCUGCAGAAGUUAAGACUAAGUAUGCCAAAUGGGAAUCAAAAAAGGCUGAGAUAGGUACAUUGAUGGGGCAACUCACUGAUUUCAAAUACAAUGGAGAGGGCUGUGUUAGGACUCAAAUACUCAAUAUGCUGGAGAUUGGGAACAAAUUGAAAGCGCUCAGUGUCAAUGUAGACGAGACAAUGAUGGAAGAGCAAAAUAUAAGGAAGGAAAAAGCUGAGGAACAUGUCAACUUUGUACAUAAAGCCAAACCAAAAGCCAAGGAGAUUGUUAAGAACAAAACUGCAGGGAAGAAAAAUAAGAAGGAAGAAGAUUCAAAAGGACUGAAUCCAGUAGGCCUCAAGUGUUUCUUCUGCAAAAAAUUUGGACAUAUGAAGAGAGACUGCAGAAGUGGUGCAAAGGUUCAUGUGGCUAAUUCUUUGCAGGGGUUCAAAAGCAAGAGGGUGCCAAGCAGGGAUGACUUGAAGGUGUUUGUGGGAAAUGGAGAAAGAGUCAAAGUAGAAUUUAUUGGUUUAGCUAGUCUUGUUUUGGAUUCUAGUUUUGUUUUGGAUUUAGUAGAUGUAGUUUAUGUUCCUACUAUGACAAGGAACCUUUUAUCAGUUAAAAAAUCAAAAGCCUUAGACAUGGUUAAAGUUUACAAAGCUGAAGUGGAAAAGCAAUUAGAUUCAAAAAUAAAGUACACGAAUCCUGGAACACCACAGCAAAACGGUGUUUCAGAGAGAAGAAAUAGAACUUUGAUAGAGAUGCACAAUACAAGGUUUGUAGAGACACAAAGGGAAAUCUUCAUUGAGGAGGAGAAUACAGAAAAUGAAAGUGUCAAAUUUGAGUUUGAUGAAAUAAUAGAGCAGCAAGAACUUACAGUAAAGGAAAAACAAGGAAUAGAGACUACAAUAAUUCCAUUUGUUAACAAAGCAGUCACACCAAUUCAUGAAGAUAACCACCAUGAUCAGAAAAUAAAUGCAGAAGCCGAGAUACAAAUAGCACAACCUCAUAACCAAGAACUAAGAAGGUCUCAAAGACCUAGAAGGCCAGCUUUAUCAAAUGACUAUCACGUUUAUUUACAAGAAGCUGAACAAGAUAUCAACAACUUGGAGGAUCCUAUGACUUUCAAACAAGCUGUAGAAAGUGACAUAUGUGAAUUUUGGAUGGCAGCUAUGGAAUCUGAACUCGAUUCAAUGAGCAUGAAUGGAGUUUGGAAACUUGUCAAAUUGGCACAGAGUUGUAAACCUAUAGGUUGCAAGUGGGUUUACAAAACAAAGAAAAAUCCACAAGGGAAAAUGAAUAGAUACAAGGCCAGACUAGUGGCAAAAGGCUACACUCAAUAG